AAGGCGGUGGGAACAUGGUGGUGGAUUCGGGGUUCUGCGAACAGUUCCCACACGUCUCCAGACAGCCAGCGCCUGUGGACAGCAGUCUGGGGAGCCUGGUUCCUAGCCCCGAGGGAGUUUCUCAGGACCUUUGCACUCGCCAGACUCUCUGCCUGGACAAGCCUUCCCCAGAUGGGCUGGCACUGGCUCCCGCACCCCCUUCAAGAUAUUACCUUCUCAGUGAGGCCGUCCUCGACCAGUCUACUCAAGAUGUCAACCCCUGGCCCAAGUGCCACUCACACCUUCUAAGGCAACACCGCCCAGCCCACAGCGGCACAAGAGCUCCACGAGGACAGAGAACGGAUGGGCCUCAGGUGCCUCCACCACAAACGGAACGAGUGCACGCCAAGAAUGAGUUCUCCAAGGUCAUCGUCACCACGCUGGCCCACAGCUCUGGAUGUCACAUACAUGUUGCACAAGCGAACUUGGUCUAUGCUGUGAUUUUUCGUGUGGAAGGCCUGGACCUACUGGGUCCCCAGAGAUGGUCACCGGGUCCAGGUGGCAGACAAGGCAGGCCAGGCUUGGGUCCUCCUCCUGGGAAACCCCCUCCUGGUCUGAACAGAAGUGUCACCACCCCUGGCAGAGGACAGAGGUUUGGAGCCUCUUUCCACACUCUUUGA